ACAGUAAGCACUUCCGGAAGUAGAGAGCUUCGUUUCCAAGGGGACGAUCUUCUGAGGCGGACAUGAGACUGAGGGAGAGUCCUCCUUGUCUAUGAAAUGCAGUUAUCACAGCAGCUGGACUUGUUUCCCGAGUGCAGGGUGACCCUUCUGUUAUUUAAAGAUGUAAAAAAUGCAGGAGACUUGAGAAAAAAGGCCAUGGAAGGAUCUAUAGAUGGUUCAUUGAUAAACCCCAAUGUGGUUGUCGAUCCAUUUCAGAUACUUGUGGCAGCGAAUAAAGCAGUUCAUCUCCACAAACUGGGAAAGAUGAAGACAAGAACCCUGUCUACUGAAAUUAUCUUCAACCUCUCCCCAAAUAAUAAUAUUUCAGAGGCUUUGAAGAAGUUUGGCAUCUCAGAAAGUAGCACUUCAGUUCUGAUUGUUUACACUGAAGACGGAAACAAACAAGUGCAUCAGAAACACAUAGUAUCUCAGGUGGACGGCCAGCAGGUGCCUGUGGAAAGGCUUCCAGAACUAACACAGCUCUCAGAAGUCAGGAAGAUAUAUAAACUGUCAUCACAAGAAGAGAGGAUUGGGACGUUAUUGGAUGGUAUCAUUUGUAGAAUGUCAACAAAGGAUGUUUUAUAAGAUGUUUCAAGGGGCUGGAGAGAUGGCUCAGUGGUUAAGAGAAUGGACUGUUCUUCCAGAGGUCCUGAGUUCAAU